AACCCGUCUGUACCCGUGACGUCACCAGGACGUGACGGCGAGUUUAGCGCCAUCAGCGAUCUCCAUGGCAACCGUACAUGAGGCGGAGUAAGCCAGCCUCUUUGCCUGUUGCACACAAGCGAGCGGUGGCGCUGUCUCCGCCGCCGAGUCGGCUCUGUGUGCUUCAAACAGGCCUCUAGAGAGAACAAGUAUGCUUGCUUCUUCCUCUGUCGUAGACUCUUGAUAUUUGCAGUACACGGAAGUGUCUAGUAAGUUGUAACCGUCGUCUCGAAGGUCUUGGAAACGCAAGGAAGGAGAUCCCGACACCGGCAACGCACGUCCAGGUAUCGCUACACGUAGAGGAAAAGAUCGCCACCUGCAGGGAUGGUAUAGCACAAGAUUUUGGUUGAGCAACCGGGUUGGCUGACAAUAGAAUCCAAGCGGAAGUGACGUCAUGUACGACGCGGAAGAUACCACUGAUGUACGGGUGGUGGAGGGACAGCAGGGAUCGCAGAAACGGAGCAGCAUGUCGGCAUUUUAUGGAAUCAAGGAAACGGCAGACGUGUCGGACUUCGCUUACGUUCGGCCAUAUUCGCCGGAAUCUACGUCAUCCUCGGUAAAUGCCGAAAUAUGCCGCAUAUGUCUCGAAGGUCGACGAGCCGGAUUUCUCGCCCGACCCUGCCGAUGUAACGGAACGAGCGCGUUUGUUCACCUGCCUUGUCUGAAGGAGUGGCUUCUCAAGUCCAACUCCUCCAGGUGUGAGCUAUGUAGGUUCAAGUUCAAGACCAGGAGAAGAUGGAAACCACUCAGGGAGUGGGUCCUGUUUAACCUGUCCCCGGAGAACGUGACGUACCUGAAGAUCAUCAUCGUCAUCACAGUCCUGCUGCUGCUCUUCACGCUGACAGGAGUGUACCUGUGCUCUGACGUCAGCACCAAGGGACGAGACAUCAAACAACAAGACGUGCCGGCAUGGAAAGUCAUGAGUAUAUCAGUGCUGUCGCUGUGCUCCGGCGCGCUGUACGUGAUCGGGUGCCUGUACUGCUGUUGCCGCUGCGGAGGCGUCUGGCGCGAGUGGACGGCCAAGAACCAGACCAUGACGAUCCUGCUUCCCCGCAGAGUCAUCGCCGCCUGGUCGGAACCCGGCCAAUACUUCACCAGCUACAGCGAGCUGAAGAGACCCCGGGCAGAAAAGCAGUCCCCACGACACGCUCUGAAUGACGACACACCGCAGGGCGCCAUGGGUAAUGACGUCACGAGCGCUGAACAAGAUGGCGACCGCCCUGGUUCGUCCGCAUCGGUAACGGUGAGCAGCUCGUGCGGAUGGACGCGGGUACGGCGCCCAACCUUCAUCAGCAGAAGCAAUAACUCCAUCCUGGCCCGCUACUUCGGCAGAAGCAGGUCUCCUUCCGUAACGCCAGAGUUGACAGAGCUUGAUGACGUCACAGAUGUAAGUCGUAUAGAAUUACCGACGGAGACUGUCAUUGACAUGGGAAUAUUGUAGGUCUUGACCAAAAGUUUGAAACAUCUAUUGACCAUCCAUUGUUUAACAGAUAUUUUAUAGGUACUGGAAAACCUUAAAAGAAGUUUGAAUUUCAUCAUUCGCAAAGACCCUUAAGAGAAGCGAUGUAAUUUCGGGCAGUAUUUGUUUCAUUCUUUCAAGGAGAAUAACUGAACAAAGGUUUGACGGAAUUUUCUUCUGUUUAAGGUAUAUCUGUGUAACCUUUCUUUCAUGAUUGACAUAUGAGGCAAGAUGUAAAAGUGUGGUUUAAAAGACAACGAAACACAAAACGUAAAAGAUUUCGUUUUGAAUUUUGUCUAAGAGACUGCAGUUCGUUGAGCAGCAUCACUGUUUACUCAGUGUUUAACACUAGUUCGCCUUUAUCUGCGGCGGGGUAUUUAGGGAUAUCAAGUCGACGGACGGUGGUUUCAAACUAUAAUAUUUUUGAAAUCUUGCAAACCCUAAAGACUUUUUUAUACCUCAGGACAGCUACGUUCAACUUGGGUAAUGAUUUUACGUACUAAAUGUUUCGUGUAUAUGUUGUAUUAAGCCCAUUUGGGUAAGAACGUGCGAAUAAAGACCAUUCAUUCAUGUUUCCUCUGUAUAUAGACCACCCCGUUGAUAAAUGUGAACUAGCGUUGCAGCCUUAAAUGGAAAGGGGCGUAAUGACCAUACCGUGCGGUGAUGGUACCGUCAGCUUUUAGCUGACUGCGUGAUGGCAUCAGGUAUCUGUAUGACUUAAGCUAAGGGCACAACCCGCUGUACGUGCAAAUACGUGCUGUCUACGUGCCAAAACGUGGGCAAUCUUUUGGGAUCCGUUAAAGUGGUAAGUACCGCCCCCGCACGCACGAACUCGUAGGGAAUCCGACGGAUUUUGGAGCACGCAGACACGCCGUAGAACUUUGCGUGCAGGCAAAACUUUGUGUGCCAUCGGGCUGCGGAUUCGCCAAUACGGGUGACGCGCCUGCUCUGUACAGACUAAACGUUUUCAUAAAUACGUGACGGACGUGGCCUCCCAAGAAACGUACGGACAAAUUGCACGUACGGCGGGCUGUGCCCUUAGCUUUAUUUGUGGAAACUUGAUGUUUGUACUUAUCGUAUCCCAUUUUUGUUCUACCGGGUUUGAUGCACAUGCUUUCUUAUCCAGUGAAUAUAAUAGAAGGGUACGUUAAGGAAUUUCAUCUUAAGUUAUUCAAUGACAAUGUGCUGUUGAUGGUCUACGUGUGCAGUACUUCGGACUUAGUAUGUUACUUUGAUCAUAUGAUCAAUGGAUUUUUUGAUGGAAUGAUAUAUUAGAUGUAAUUCUUAUACAGAGAAAGUCUUUUUUUGUAUUUGUGUCUCUAUUAUUGUUGUAGAAGUUUGCUUGGACGCAGUUUUAUUUGUGCCUGUGUCAAUGUAAGAUCCAAGAGAUUUAAAACCCUGAAUGUACGAAGAUUCGUGCUUUGAUAGCCUUUAUGAUGAAUCUGAAAUCAAUUUGUGCUAUUUUGGGAAACAGAUUAAAGAUAUUUCCAUGG